ACGCUGAUCAGCUGGGCCAUGGGACCCUCUGCCGCACGGAAGCCGCUGCUGCAUGGUAUUGAGACAUCCCUACGGUACCUGUCAAGAUGGAACAGAUUAGAUGGGCUGGCUGUCUUCAUUACCUUCAAUAAGCCACGCUUACCACUAUGGCUUAUUUUCAGGGAUGCAGAUAAAUGUGAACAGUGCCCUGAAGAUGAAUGGCCGAAUCUAGAAAAUACUGCUUGUGUGAAAAGACCAGUUGAUUUCUUAUCCUUUUACAAUAUUCUUGGAUUAUUGUUAACAUCACUUAUUGUAAUCUUAUUUGUUUUCUCAAUCAUCAUUCUAGUUAUAUUUAUUAAACAUAGAGAGACUCCUAUAGUGAAGGCCAAUAACAGGAAUCUCAGUUACACCAUCAUCAUCUCACUUAUGUUGUGCUUUCUAUGUUCUCUACUGUUUAUAGGUAAUCCGGACAAGCUGCCUUGUUUGUUACAGAAUAUUAUUUUUAAUUUAGUUUUUGCUGUUGCACUUUCUUCUAUCCUGGCAAAAACCAUUACAGUUGUAUUUGCUUUUAAUGUUACUAAACCCAAUAUAAGAUUCCAAAUAUUCUUUAGAAAAAUGACUCAAGUGUUUUGCUGUGUAGGUGAAUUUAGUAUCUGUAUGUGCUGGAUACAAUUUUAUCCCCCAUAUCCUGAUAGAGAUUCAGUGUCUAAACCUGGGAUCCUUAUAUUACAUUGUAAUGUAGGUUCUCAUGCGAUAUUUUAUUUAGCUCUCGGUUAUAACAGUUUCCUUGCACUUUUAUGUUUUCUUGUCGCUUACUUUGCAAAAAAGUUGCCCGAUAGAUUUAAUGAAGCUCAUCACAUCGCAUUCAGCAUGUUGGUGUUCUGUAGUGUAUGGAUCUCAUUUAUACCAGUGUACAUCAGCACUAAAGGCAAGUACAUGAUGGCCGUGCAGGUUUUUGCCAUCUUAUCAUCAAGUGGUGGACUCUUGGGAUUCAUCUUCUUCCCUAAAUGCUUAAUUAUAAUAUUCAGACCUAAAGCAAAUGUCAAACAAUCUCUUUAUGUUAGAAAAGCUCUUCAACAGUUUAAAAUUCAACACUUGAGAGAAGAAUUAGGAUAUUCGGAUGAUAUUCAACUUUCUUCAGAUGCCAAAGAAGAACUUCUUUGGUGGCUACAGCAUGUCCAAGAAUGGAACGGCAAAACGAUGUUCAACUCAAAUCCGGAUCGCGUUUUAUAA